ACGCCUGCUGCCUGCACUUAGUCCUGCUGGCCACUGCUACGUUCCAUCUGCUAGUUCCGGACCCUCUACUGGAACCUUCAAGAAAUAAAAAGCUGCCACAAGUUUCCACACUCUACUCAGAAUCCCCUCUUGGGUGGUCCAGCAUUCUUCAGCAAAGAUGGCCAUACACACUCCUGUCUCUGAGGUGGGAGGAAGGCACCCCGGCCUUCGGAACAUGCUCACGGCGGCCAUGUGCGUGGCCCUUCUGGGCUGCCUGCAGGCCCAGGAGCUUCGGGGACAUGUCUCCGUAGUCCUGCUCGGAGCAACAGGGGACCUGGCCAAGAAGUACUUGUGGCAGGGACUGUUUCAGCUCCACCUGGACGAGGCGGGGGAGGGCCGCAGUGUUAGCUUCCAUGGGGCUGCUCUGACGGACCCCAAGCAGGGCCAGGAGGUCUUGGCCAAGGUCUUCGAGUCCCUCUCCUGUCCCAAGGAUGUGGCACCUGGUCGCUGUGCUGCACUCAAGGACCAGUUCCAGCGACUGAGCCAGUACCACCAGCUGAAGACAGUGGAAGACUACCUGUCUCUGAGCAGAGACAUCGAGGCCCUGGUCCAGCACGAGGGCCUCCGGGAGGCUGGCCGGAUUUUCUACUUCUCCGUGCCGCCCUUUGCCUACGCAGACAUUGCCCGCAGCAUCAACAGCAGCUGCCGUCCCGGCCCAGGGGCCUGGCUGCGGGUCGUCCUGGAGAAACCCUUUGGCCAUGACUCCCUCUCCGCCCAGCAACUGGCCGCAGAACUGGGGAGCUUUUUCCAGGAGGAGGAGAUGUACCGGGUGGACCAUUACCUGGGCAAGCAGGCCGUGGCCCAGAUCCUGCCUUUCCGAGACCAGAACCGCAAGGCCUUGGACGGCCUCUGGAACCGGCACCACGUGGAGCGGGUGGAGAUCGUCCUGAAAGAGACGGUGGACGCAGAAGGUCGCACCAGCUUCUAUGAGAAGUACGGUGUCAUUCGCGACGUCCUGCAGAACCACCUGACGGAGAUCCUCACGCUGGUGGCCAUGGAGCUGCCCCACGUCAACAGCUCGGCGGCCGUGCUGCAGCGCAAGCUGCAGGUGUUCCAGGCGCUGCGGGGCCUGCGGAGGGCCAGCGCCGUGGUGGGCCAGUACCAGGCCUACAGCGCGCAGGUGCGCCGGGAGCUGCACAAGCCCGACGCCUUCCGCAGCCUGACGCCGACCUUCGCAGGCAUCCUCGUCCACGUGGACAACCUGCGCUGGGAGGGCGUCCCGUUCGUCCUGAUGUCGGGCAAAGCCUUGGACGAGAGAGUGGGGUACGUCCGGGUCCUGUUCAAGAACCGGGCCUGCUGCGCCCAGAGCGAGCAGCACUGGCUCGGGGAGCAGAGCCGCUGCCUGCCCCGGCAGGUCAUCUUCCACAUCGGCCACGGCGAGCUGGGCAGCCCUGCCCUGCUGGUGAGCCGGAACCUGUUCCGGCCCGCGCUGCCCAGCGGCUGGCAGGAGGCGGAGGGCCCGCCCGGGCUCCGCCUGUUCGGCGGCCCUCUGUCGGACUACUACGCCUACCGCCCCGUGCGCGAGCAGGACGCCUACUCCCUCCUCGUGUCGCGCAUCUUCCACGGCCGCAGGGACUCCUUCAUCACCACCGAGAACCUGCUGGCCUCCUGGGCCUUCUGGACCCCCUUGCUGGACAGCCUGGCCCACGAGGCCCCACGCCCCUACCCAGGAGGAGCUGAGAACGGGCACCUGUUGGACUUUGAGUUCAGCGGCAACCAGUUAGCCUUUUCUGUGCCGCAGCCGGAGCAGCUGGUGCCAGGGCCAGCUUCCGCUCUGACGCCCAGUGACUUCCAGCUUCUCAGGACCAAGUACCGAGACAGCCCCCUGGUCACGGCCUGGCCCGAGGAGCUGAUCGAGAAGCUGGCCAGCGACAUCGAGGCCGCAGCUGUGAAGGCCGUGCGGCACUUUGGCCGGUUCCACCUGGCGCUCUCGGGCGGCUCCAGCCCGGUAGCCCUGUUCCAGGAGUUGGCCACAGGGCACUACAGCUUCCCCUGGGCCCACACACACCUGUGGCUGGUGGACGAGCGCUGUGUCCCGCUCUGGGACCCGGAGUCCAACUUCCAGGGCCUGCAGACUCACCUGCUGCAGCACGUCAGGGUCCCCUACUACAACAUCCACCCCAUGCCUGUGCACCAGCACCAACGGCUCUGCGCGGAGGAGGACCGGGGCGCCCAGGUCUAUGCUGAGGAGAUCUCAGCCCUGGUCACCAACAGCAGCUUUGACCUGGUGCUGCUGGGCAUGGGCACCGACGGGCACACGGCCUCCCUCUUCCCGCAGUCGCCCACCGGCCUGGACGGCAAGCAGCUGGUAGUCCUGACGGAGAGCCCCGCCCGUCCACACCACCGCAUGAGCCUCAGCCUGCCCCUCAUCAACCGUGCCAGGAAGGUGGCGGUCCUGGUCAUGGGCAGGAUGAAGCGUGAGAUCACCCUGCUGGUGAGCCGCGUCGGGCACGAGCCCAAGAAGUGGCCCAUCUCUGGCGUCCUGCCCGAUUCCGGCCAGCUGGUAUGGUACAUGGACUACGAGGCGUUUCUGGGAUGAUGCUGCUCACCCCCGUGCUGUCCUUCACCUGCCCCCCCCCCCCGAUUCCUGCCACCUGCCCAUGCACCCUGGCUCUCUGGAAUCUGAUGCCUCAGGCCAGGCCCCUGGAGAGGCCCCACCCCAGUCCCUUGGACAGUCCCCAUCCAGUUGUGGUCACAGACACAGAAACAAGGAAGAAAUGGAGGCCCACGAGAAGCUUCAAGUCCACGUUCGGAGAGACACAUCCACUGAAAUGGGAGACCCACAGCGGCCGCACGUUAACAUUAGCCAGCACAGAACAGACCAGCGGGGGAGCCCCCAGCUCCAGCAGGCGUGCAGUGGGCCGAGGGGGGUGUCCUGGAGGAG